AUGGUGCAGACGUUCUCUAUCGCCCCUUGUGGUCAGUCUCUGAUGGUGCAGACGCUCUCUAUCGCCCCCUGUGGUCAGUCUCUGAUGGUGCAGACGUUCUAUAUCGCCCCCUGUGGUCAGUCUCUGAUGGUGCUGACGCUCUCUAUCGCCCCCUGUGGUCAGUCUCUGAUGGUGCAGACGUUCUCUAUCGCCCCCUGUGGUCAGUCUCUGAUGGUGCAGACGUUCUCUAUCGCCCCCUGUGGUCAGUCUCUGAUGGUGCUGACGCUCUCUAUCGCCCCCUGUGGUCAGUCUCUGAUGGUGCAGACGUUCUCUAUCGCCUCCUGUGGUCAGUCUCUGAUGGUGCUGACGCUCUCUAUCGCCCCCUGUGGUCAGUCUCUGAUGGUGCUGACGCUCUCUAUCGCCCCCUGUGGUCAGUCUCUGAUGGUGCUGACGCUCUCUAUCGCCCCCUGUGGUCAGUCUCUGAUGGUGCAGACGUUCUCUAUCGCCCCCUGUGGUCAGUCUCUGAUGGUGCAGACGUUCUCUAUCGCCCCCUGUGGUCAGUCUCUGAUGGUGCAGACGUUCUCUAUCGCCCCCUGUGGUCAGUCUCUGAUGGUGUUGACGCUCUCUAUCGCCCCCUGUGGUCAGUCUCUGAUGGCGUUGACGUUCUCUAUCGCCCCCUGUGGUCAGUCUCUGAUGGCGUUGACGUUCUCUAUAGCCCCCUGUGGUCAGUCUCUGAUGGUGCAGACGUUCUCUAUCGCCCCCUGUGGUCAGUCUCUGAUGGUGCAGACGUUCUCUAUCGCCCCCUGUGGUCAGUCUCUGAUGGUGCAGACGUUCUCUAUCGCCCCCUGUGGUCAGUCUCUGAUGGUGCUGACGUUCUCUAUCGCCCCCUGUGGUCAGUCUCUGAUGGUGCUGACGCUCUCUAUCGCCCCCUGUGGUCAGUCUCUGAUGGUGCAGACGUUCUCUAUCGCCCCCUGUGGUCAGUCUCUGAUGGUGCAGACGUUCUCUAUCGCCCCCUGUGGUCAGUCUCUGAUGGUGCAGACGCUCUCUAUCGCCCCCUGUGGUCAGUCUCUGAUGGUGUUGACGCUCUCUAUCGCCCCCUGUGGUCAGUCUCUGAUGGUGUUGACGCUCUCUAUCGCCCCCUGUGGUCAGUCUCUGAUGGUGCAGACGUUCUCUAUCGCCCCCUGUGGUCAGUCUCUGAUGGUGCAGACACGUUCUCUAUCGCCCCCUGUGGUCAGUCUCUGA